CCCUCCACGCCCGUCCCAUUCCUGCUUCCCCCGUGCCUCCACUUCUCGCCCUUCCCCUCUUCCCCCGAGCGAGCUUUGGAGUCGGAGGUGUGCGGUGACUGCGUCUCUGUCCCAGGUAGGUCUGUCCGUGACCCCUGGCUGCUGUCAUUUUUUCCCCUUUGCUUCCGGGUUGCUGUCCCUUCCCCCCCCCUCCCUUUCCCCUUCCCCUUCCCACGCCUUGCGCGCUGUGGCCACGCACUACGUACCAGCCCAUCAGCCAUUCUUCGGCACGGUACGCGGUACGCAUGGUGUAAACCCGUCUUGCUCGCUCCUGGUCUUUUCUUUCCCCCUCUCACUAAGCAGCCUGCCUGCCAUUGGGACCGUCCUGUCUGCUGCUAACAUGCUCUCUGACCCAUCAGCGCCGACCCGCGUCGCCCGCGCCCGCGCCCGUGUCCGCUUUCUGCUUCCGCCUUGCUGCCUUGCUGCCUUACUGCCUUACUGCCUCAGGCCCCCAGAUCCCGUGACCUCGCCGCCUUUGGGCCUUGGCCGCCAGAUUCUCCCUUUCACACCCACUUCCCUCUUCGGAAUCGGCAUCGCUCCUCCGCCGGCAUUUGAAAGCAACCAACCUUGUCGCCGUCACCCGCAGAUGGGUUGGUAGAAUUCGCGCGACAUGAAUGCCUGGCUAGCCGACGGCUCGAACCUUCCAGGUCAUGAAAAUGGUGCUUUCCAUCCCUCGACGAUUGAUCCGUCUGCCGC